CUACUAAGUUAGUCUGUCCUGUAUUAUCAAGUAAAUUUGCUAAUUCUCAAUUCUGUUUUGUAGUAAUCUCUUCGUCAAAUCAUUCUAAAGCUCUUCCUUUUAUACAUUCUCUUAAAUAUCCUAUAACUACUUCUCUUUUCGUUGGUAAACCUCCUGCAUUAUUUGCUAGAUUUACUCCUUGA